CACCUGGGGCAGCAGCGCUGGGGACACCCCUGAUGCGGGCCGCGGUGCCCACCCCGAGCCUGGCCCGGGCGCGGGACGUUAGGUGGACAGGGGCCGAGGCGGGAGGGUGGCCUUGGGCGUUCGCCCCACCUGUCACUCUGGAGGCGACAGAGGAGAGUCAGAGAGGCCCGGCAGCUUGCCCACGGCCGCCCAGCAUCCAGAAUGGCAAAGAGUGACCUUUACCCUGUGGAAAGCCCUUGGGUGAGAGACCCGCGGGAGCAAACCCUGUUCUGUACGGAAUAAAGCUCCCAGAGGCCGCACAUGAAAGGAGAACGGGGUUAACCCGUUUGCUCCUAAAGGCAGAGAGGGGCUGGAACGCCCAGGCUUCUGAGUGGAGGCUCGCCCGGGCUCCUUCUGGGGCUAGGUCAGGGAGUCUCACCCCUGGGGGACCCUGGGCCACGUCUGGGGACAUCUGUGGUCGUCACAAUGGGGGUGCUCCUCGCAUCGAGAGAGUAGGGGCCAGGGAUGCUGCUCAACGCCCCCGCAGUGCCCAGUACAGCCCCCCCAGAGAAUGACCCGACCCCAGUGUCCACAGUGCGAGGGGGAGAGACCCUGGCUUACACUUCAGCAUUGUGAUUCUAGUGAUGGGACAUUAAGGGUCCACUCCAUUUAUGCCCAGGCACACCUGCUAAGGAGGGAGGAAGCAGCUGGCCGUUCUGCCCAACACCAAGCCUACUGACCUCUCCCCUUCCCUGGGGUUGAGUUCAUUUUUCCCGCGAAGAAGUCAUCAUCGAGCCUUUCUUGGGCAGAAAGGAUGAAUUUUGGUGGUUUCAACACUCAAAGGGAAGAUCCUGAGGCAGGUGCCACAGGCCUGGGUGAAUGAGGGGGCCUAACGAGGUCGCUGACGUCAACCCCUAAGGGAGGAGGAUCCCAGGAACCACGAGAGGGCGGCAGAGAGGUGGUCUGGAAGAGCUAGGAAGGGGCUAGACUAGGUCUUGGACCCAUUGCUGUGAGCUGCAAUUUGAAGUCCUAAGAGCAAAGAGGGAACCCCGUGCAGUGUGGGAGCAGGGUUGUAAGUCCCCCCAGAUGCAGAGUCCCUGCGUGAAGCUCCUUGGCAACAAAGCUGAGGAGAGGGCAAGGUGCGCAGCCUCUCUGUUGGUCUUCGGUGUUCACGUGAGUGUCCUGGGGCCACUGUAACAGAGCACCGCAGACUGGGCGGCUUAAAACAACAGAAGUUUGUUCUCUCCCAGUUCUGGAGGCCACACGUCUGAGAUUAAGGUGUAGGCAGGACCGUGCUCCCUCUGAAGGCUCCAGGGGAGGAUCCUUCCUGCCUCUUCCAGCUUCUGGUGGUGGCUGUCAGCCCGUGGUGUCCCUUGGCUUGUAGCUCAUCACUCUGAUCUCUGCCUCUGUUGUCACGUGGGCUUCUCCCUGUGUCUCUGUGUCUCUCUUAAGGACAUCAGUCAUAUUGCAUUAGGGCCCUCUCUACUCCAGUAUGACCUCGUCUUAACUAAUUACGUCUGCAAAGACCCUAUUUCCAAAUAAGGUCCCAUUCACAGGUACAGGGAUUAGGACUUGACCAUAUCUUUUUGGGAGACAUCAUAUAAAUGGAAUCAUACAAUAUGUGGCCUUUUGUGUCUGCCUUCCUUCACUUAGCAUGAUAUCCUCAAGGUUGAUCCACAGUGUAGCAUGUGUCAGUGCUUCAUUCCUUUUCAUGACUGAGUAAUAUUCCACUGUGGAUGGACACAUUGUUGGACACUUGGGUUGUUUUCACCUUUUGACUGUUGUGACUAAUGCUGCUCUCUGCCUGCCCAGGAACCUGCUUUUUCCCGAGAGGAAGGAGAGGAGACGAUGGCUGCUGGGUGCCUGCCCCCCCAGCCCCAGGAGUUGGUGACUUUCCAGGACGUGGCCGUGGACUUCUCCCAGGAGGAGUGGGAGCUGCUGGCCCCUGCUCAGAGGACGCUCUACAGGGAGGUCAUACUGGAGACCUGCAGGAACCUGGCCUCCCUGGAAGCCUUGAAGAACCAGACUAUUGAUACCGGCAUGGAGGAUGGUACAUUUUCCCCAGCACAAACCUCUCAACGCACCAGUCUGUCCCCAUGGACAGGGUAUUCACUCUUUCGACCAGCAGUGUCUUUCCACUUGGAGCAAAGAGAAACCAUGUGGAUGGGGGAAAAAGGAAUUCCCCAGCCUGCUUGUUCAGAUUGGGUGAAUAGACUGAAAAACCAUGAGUCAAUUUACAAGAAGGUGGUUUGGCGGGAAGAACCACCCGGUGGUAUGAACAUCAUAAAUCUCCCCAGAGAAGACUGGGGAUGUGGUGAACUUCAGAAGAACCGUGAAGACCCCCGGAGGCUUUUGAGGCAAAUGGCGUGCAUCCACGUAAAGACUUUUGCUCAGGAGAAUGCUACUGCCUGGUGUGAAUUUGGGGAAAACUGUAAUCUGAGCUCAGACCUUGUUUUAUCACAGGGAGAUUCUAUAGGAAAACAUUUCCGUGACUGUGACCUAGAUAUUGAGAAUUGGGUAGCUGAUCCCUUCUUAAACCAUCAUCAGAUGGGCUAUACAGACCAGAGACCUUGUGAAAGUGACGAAUGUGGAAAAGACCUCGGCCAAAAUGGUCCCCUUAUUCAACACAAAAGCACUCAACCAGGGGAGAAAACGUCUGCAUAUGCGGAAAGUGGGAAGUCAUUUAAUCAUGAUAUGGCUCUCGUGAUACACAACAAAAUUAACACAGCGGAGAAGCCCUUCAAAUGUCACCAGUGUGGGAAAGUGUUUAACCGGAGGCAUUCCCUGAGUGAGCACCAGAGAAUUCAUACAGGAGAGAGACCAUACGAGUGUCAGGAGUGUGGAAGAGCCUUCACGCACAGCUCCACCCUCACCCGACACCUGAGAACUCACACUGGAGAGAAGCCCUACGCGUGCGGGGAGUGUGGGAAAGCCUUUAACAGGAUUUCGUCUCUUACCCAACAUCAGAGGAUUCACACAGGGGAAAAGCCUUAUAUGUGCAAAGACUGUGGGAAAUCCUUCUGCCAGAGUUCUUACCUGAUCCUGCACAAGAGAACGCAUACGGGCGAGAAGCCCUACGAGUGUAACGAAUGUGGAAAGGCCUUCAGCGACCGUUCGUCUCUUAACCAGCACGAGCGAACUCACACGGGUGAGAACCCCUACGAGUGUCAUCAGUGUGGAAGGGCCUUCAGCCAGAGGUCUUCCCUGGUGAGGCAUGAGAGAACUCACACUGGAGAGAAGCCAUAUAGCUGUAAUGAGUGUGGAAAAGCCUUCAGCCAGAGCUCGUCUCUUAUCACCCAUCAGAAGACUCACACUAGUCAGAAAACCUACAAGAUAAUUGACUGUGGGAAAGCUUUCUAUCAGAGCAGCCACCUUCUUGGAUUUUAGAGCUUGCUUGCUGCCCUUUAAAGUGCCUUUUGGCACUCUACCACGUAAAUAUUUUUAGACUUUGCCCUUCUGGUGUACUACUGAAAAGAAGGUUUAUGCCACAUUCUUGAAGGAAAGCACUGAGGUCCAGAUCUGAGAAGGGGCCUUUUAAUGAGGGAAAAUGCCACUGAGCUGUACCCAAUGAGCUCCAUUCUCUUGGAAAAGAUUGGUAAAUGGGAACACUAACAUGGAAUGGGAUUGUGCUAAGAAUUAUCACGUUAAUUUAGUUGUUGAGACAAAAGGUAUUCUGUUGCGACUUUUUGUUUCAAAAAUCAAUAUUUUUGUUUCAAUAAUCUGUGUCAAUAUUUUACUUAAUCAUUCCACCCCUGUUGGUUGCUUAGCUAGGUCCUGACUUGUCUCAUGCACUACUAUGGCUAUGAGAGCCUACACGAAGACAGAAGCACCUUGGAUGCACGGUGAAAACCAAAGAGUGCAAAAUAGUGUGUGUAAUUUUAUCCAGUGAAGUAAAAAUAUCUACACAAAUGGACAAGGCUGGACAGAGAUGUGGAGAAAUGAACAGAGUUUAUCUGUCAGGGUUAUCUGGUUAUGUGUGAUUUUCUGCAUUUUGCCAUUUUGUUGGGUGUUGCUAUAAUCAUUCUGACAGUAAUUAAAAAUCAAACAACCCCAGGGGAUUUCGAGUUUCAUUGAUCAAUGAGGGAGGAUUGUGGGUACCAAGAUGGUAGGGAUACAGUGCAGGAGGACUUGGGACAGGGAGAGGAUGAGUGACCUUUGGUGGCCUGGGAACAAACUGUGAGAUGUACUCACUGGAGUAGAGACCAAGAGCACUGAUUUGCAUCACCAACAUCAACAUUUUUUGGGUGCAUGCUGUAUUCCCGGCACCAUUGUUGCACUUGUGUUUCCUUGUUUAACCUUCUCAACAACCCCAUGAGAUAGCAGCUCUUCCUAUCCCCAUAUUACAGACAAGGAAACAGAAAUAAAAUAACUUGCCCAAAGUCACACAACUAGAAAGUAACAGAAUCUGGAUUUGAACUGGAGCAACCUGUACAAAACCAACCACACAUUUGCAAGGAGGGAUACAGGGGAGCCAUGUUUUCCAAAUUCUCCCUUAGAAGCCAUCCAGCUUUUGUCUCAAUCUUCCCCUUGCCCUGGAGCUAAUGAGGGAGAUUGCCUGUCAGAUCUCCUUUCACCUAAGUGGGACCCGAUUGUGUGAAUAUUGUGGCCUUUCCCUACAGUAGAGAUCCCUUAUCUGGGGUCUGUGUAGACCCUACUGUGUUGAUGGAUAAAUUUCUUGAAGGGGUCUAUGAACAACCUCGAGCUGGAUGCACCACGUGUGUUGGGGCGUACGUGUGUUUUCUGGAGGAAGCAUCUAUAGCUUUCAUCAUGUUCUUAGGAAUUGUUAACUUAGAGUUGUCUUGAGUGCACUGUUUUCCCAGUCUUGAUUUCUCCCUCCCUCCAACAACUAUUUAUAGAGAACCUGAACUCUUCGUGGUGCCAGGUGGCUGAGUAUAAGACAGAUGAGGUGUCUGCCCUCACUAAAUGUGUAUUCCGGUAGUAAGGAAGCAGGGUGGCUUUAUGGGUCAUGAUCUGUGCAAUCACCCAAGGCUACACUCUCAGAAAAGUCCUGCGAUUGGUUGAAUACUCUGCUGUAUCCAUCUCAAUAUUAAUAAUUUUGAACAAAGUGUCCCCCACCCCCAUUUUCAUUUGGCAGUGAGCCCUGCACGUUAUGUAGCCAGACCCCUGGAGGAGUGAGGGGCAGGGACAGAUGUUAAACAAGUAACCAAAUACUUUAAUGAAACAAUUACAGAUUUUGGUAGAUGCUCUGGAGGACAUAAACAGGAUGCUGCUGUGACAGAUAAUAAGAGAGGGACCAACUGCAGGUAGGGCCUUUCCUAGGGCCUGAUAUUUAAGUUGAGAUGUGAAUCAUUGGAUCAUCCAACAUGAGGAAUUUAACCAGAGGGGACCUUCUGUUCAGCUUUGUUUUCACUUGUGGUGGUGGUAUGAUCAUUUUCUAAAUAUUUAUCAUUUUUGUUUCAAUUUGUCUCACUCAAAUGUCUUUUGACAGAGAAUAUAUUUUUUAAACUUCUGGAUGUUUAAAGAUCUUUUUUCCUCUCUUUAAAAACAAAUUCUUUUUCUUGU